AUGGUUAUGGCUACAACAAAUAUCAUUGAUAGCAUGACAGUUGAAAUGCCAAAAGAAAUCAAGGAAGGCGAUUUAGCUGGUUCUUUGAUCAACCCAUUCAUCCAAGGCUUACUCAAAACAAAUAAGUUUUUUAAUCCUCAUUAUGCUGAUGAAUGUUUGGAUUCAGUUACUUCUUGUAGGCCUGACCAUUGUACUACUGUGACCACCAUGAGAAGAAAGAAGUACACUAACUGCAUAGGCGAAAUUGAGCCGUUGAUGUCCAGGAUGACAAGCACUAAUUGGAAUUUGGUGAAGCUAGAUCGAGUAAGAGUGUCAAUCUUUUCAAAGAUUUUCUUGGAUCAAAAGAAGACUACACAUUUCCUCUCUUUCUGUACUGUUGGUCCAAAAACCACCUUCUUCAUCAGUACUAACCAGUACGAAGGUCUCACUGUGAAUCUUGAAUUGGACACCAUUACACUUCCAACAACCUACGACAACCUGCACAAGACUAUAAACGAGUUUGAUUUUAUGUACGACAUAGUAUCAUUAUAUCAGGAAUUCUGUGUACAAACUAAAGAUAUGGUGUUCAAUGACACAACUAGUCAAUCAAGCUUGGCAUAUGAUUGUCUCCUGAGCAUCUGUUCUCUUAAAACAAAUAGCAGAAAGAGAAGCUAUUCAAGAACUGAACAAUAA